UUUGACUUUGUCGAGCCGAGUAAGUUAUCAGGAGUGAUAACACAAGGGCGAGAUGGUGCUGAUGAAUGGGUUGAAUCUUUCACUGUCCGCUACUCUCCAGAUGGUGAGACUUGGAAUACUAUAAAGGACUUAGAUGGCAAUGAUAAGGUUUUCCCUGGCAACUAUGAUGGAAGUACUCCAGUGAAGACAGAGUUUGACAGACUCAUACAAGCACGUUUUCUGGAGAUCAGACCUAAGACAUGGAACAACAAUAUUGCCAUGAGAGCUGAAGUUCUUGGUUGUUUCCACCCAUACC